AUGAAAUCGGAGGAUGUACCGCCUAUCGUUCGUCUUCCCCUGGAAGUCCUGGAGGUCUUCGUCGAAUUGUCCCCGGUAGCCGCCAAACUCGCCAUUUCUAGAGUAUCAAGAUUAUUCCAUUCUUUGACACUUCGCUCCUUGUAUCGCGAUAUCUCGCUCUGUUCACCGCGUUUGGUCAUUGGUUGUUGUCGAACCCUGACUUCAAAUCGCAACGCCGCUUCGACGGUUAGAUCGAUAUCGAUCUCUUACACACAUUACCCUUCGGCCUCUAACUCGUUUCUAUCUUCCUAUUAUUCCCUGAUUCGACACGCCCUCCUCUCGCUACCCGAUCUUCACACUCUGAAACUCUUGAUUCACGAUCCCCACCUCGUCACUCUCCUUGACCACUCCUUAUUUCCUUCGUUGUGCCAAUUCGAAUGUUAUCUUACACCCUCCGCCACACUCGUUGAUUUCUUGAACCAUCACCCCAGAAUAAAUUACCUUCAAGUCUCACCCUACGAAAACACAGCGGUAUCGGAGGAUGACCUUACCCUUCCACCUCUGCAACUUCCGCGCCUUCGGUAUUUCGCUGGGAACGUCCAAAGUGUCCCUUUCAUCGGUCCUUCUAGUCCCCUCCGAGCGGCUAUCAUUAGCUGGGAAGCAAUAGACACAGAGCCGGACCUUGUAUUUGCUGCCCUGCAACGUUCGAGCAGGAACACGCUAUCCCUGUUGAGCUGCAGGAGACGGGGAUGGAAUCUCGAUUUAAUCGACUCGGUGUCCCUUCGAUUACCAGAAAUUCUUACGUUGCGCGUCUCGAACGUUCUUCUCGUUGAUUCGAGUCCCACUGAGACUUACCUUCAGACCAUCCGAAGUUAUCUCCAUCGUUUUACUCAUCUCUUGCGGCUCCGAGUAAAUUGCAUCGAUUAUUGGGAGAUGGGCGAUGUGACCUGUCAGCUGGAUCAAGACGCUUCGACCGUCACAGAGUGGGGUGAGGCCUGCCCUUCACUCGUCGAGAUAACGCUACCCCACUCUGACGGCUUGUCGUGGUUCAGAUUUUCGGGAAACGUGUGGGUUCCGGAUCCAAAGCAUGCCCUGGGCGUUAGGUGGCUGGAAACUGCAAUCGAGAAGAAAACUUCGAUGUUGAACUCAAUUGCUGAAGGUUUGGACGUUGGCCACCAGUCAGAGUCGCCACGGUCGCACCCUCGCGAGUUCCACGAGUCGAUCGCUGCUGUUCGAUGGCAGGUUGGGAUCAUGCUCGGAAAUCGGGUUGGAAUUUCUCACGAGGGAGAUGGGGACGGGCGACGGUGA